CCCAAAGAGGCAAUUCUCUGUCCAGUAGGGUUGCUAUGAGUUGGAAUUAACUGUGGGUUUUGUUUGAGCAUCUUCAGUUGGCAGUUUCUUUACUCGAUCAUGUAUUCACUGAGCUGUGUUAGAUCCUCUGUAAAAAACAGUGACCUACCUGCAGCAGCAUUUUCCAACUGCUAAAAAUUUUUAAACAGUUUUACUGACAUAUAAUUCACAUACUAUACAAUUUGGUGGUUUAAAUCUUAAAAGAGUUGCGCAACCAACUGCUAGAAUUUUGAACAUAAGAUAAUUAAAAUAAAAAUAUCUGAGGGAUGACUAGAUCCUAUGAAUCCAGAAAAUGUCAGCCUUCGUUUAAGCUAUUACUGGUGAAAUUUUCUGAUUUUUAUGGAAAAGUCUAAAUAGAACAGGGAACAAAAAAGAUGGGAGUUAAGAUGAAGAACAAGAAAAAUGCUAAAAGAAAAAUCUAACAAGGCAAAAAAUUUUAAUACCUGUGUAUGUGUCUCUAAAAUUACAGCAAAUUGUUCAUUUGUUAUUAUUUGAGCAAAGCUGAUUUUUAACAUUUUCUUUCAUAACACUUAAAAAUCAUUAACAAUUGUCUGCAUUUUUAUUUGGAUAAAGGUUCUUUUUUAUGUUGUUGUUGGUUCCUUUUGUUGCUUUUUAACAUUGGUCAUGUUUCACCCUUUUUAUUUUUCAUCCCCUGUCUGCAAUCAACUUCUCCAUUCCACUAAGGCUGGGCACAGAUUGGUGCUGGUAUUAGGAGAUCUGCACAUCCCCCACCGCUGCAACAGUCUGCCAGCUAAAUUCAAGAAACUGCUGGUUCCGGGAAAGAUUCAGCACAUUCUCUGCACAGGAAACCUUUGCACCAAAGAGAGCUACGACUAUCUCAAGACGCUGGCCGGUGAUGUUCAUAUUGUGAGAGGAGACUUCGAUGAGAACCUGAAUUAUCCAGAACAGAAAGUCGUGACUGUUGGACAGUUCAAAAUUGGUUUGAUCCAUGGACAUCAAGUUAUUCCAUGGGGUGACAUGGCCAGUUUAGCCUUGCUGCAGAGGCAGUUUGAUGUGGACAUUCUUAUCUCGGGACAUACCCACAAAUUUGAAGCUUUUGAACAUGAAAAUAAAUUCUACAUUAACCCAGGUUCUGCCACUGGAGCAUAUAAUGCCUUGGAAACAAACAUUAUUCCUUCAUUUGUGUUGAUGGAUAUUCAAGCUUCUACUGUUGUCACUUAUGUGUACCAGCUAAUUGGAGAUGAUGUGAAAGUAGAACGAAUCGAAUACAAAAAAUCGUAAAGCCAGGCCUGUCCUAAUAUUUCUGUUUGUUUGUUUGUUUUCUGUCCCCUCUGUUUAAAUCAAUUAAACAUUUAAAGCCACAUUAUGCCACUUUUAUAAUUUUUUGCAGUAAAAUAUAUCUUCUCUGUUCUUAAUUGCUGUAAACUCCCUGUAAGAUCUAAGAAUAUAUUUAGUUUAGUCUUUGAUUUCUAUGAAAAAUUGUCUACCAUGGAGUAAAUGACCAGCUGUUAGGAAAAAGUUUAUCAUGAUAAAUACCUUCAAAGUUGUUACUUGGAAUUUUAUUAUGAAAGUGCAUGAGGGCAAAGAAUAUAGACUUCCUUAUAUACACUUUAUUCAGAAAUAAACCUUAAUCUUCCAUUUA